CGCAAUCGAUCGGCCCCGUGUUAUUGUGUUAUUUUCCAGUUGGUUAUCACAGGUGGUUUUCUAGCCGUGAAAUUGUUAUUUCUCCCGAAUUUAAAGUGUAUUUAAACAUUUCUGUCAGUUUCACUGUUGAUCCAGUGCCAAAGAAGAAGCAGAAGUCGCAAAAAGGAGUUUUCACAAGGCAGUAAUCCACAACAGUACGCAUCCGUAUUAGAACGAGGAGGAAAAUGUAAUGUUUCUCGAUCGAUUUAUUACAUGGAAUUUGUGUCGUUUAUAGGCGGGCUAUCCGUAAAUUACCAAAACGUCAAUUGGUAAUAUUUAAAAAUGAGUUUACGGAAGAAAAAGCCAAACAAUUAUUCUGCCCUUCACACUGGGGUUCGGAGGACGCCAAAAAUUACCAUGAUCCAAAAGCGGAUCCUAAUCGAAUACAUGGAAAAACACCCAGAACUGAUAAACAAUACAAGAAAGAGCUCCUGUGUGGCACAAGAUGGCCCUGAUUAUACGCACCUCUGGGAAGAGGUGAUGGAUUUACUAGAACGCAACUCUACAAAACCGACAAACAAAGAAAUCGAUAAAUGGAAAAAGACUUGGUCUGAUUUAAAACGGCACGUUGAACUCAAAUCGGCGAGGAUCAGAGCCAACCUGAUUUCGCCGAACUUCACGGAAUUCGAAGCAAGGAUAUUAAAGCUAAUGACUUGCAAAGGUGAACAUCCAAUAAAGGAAGAAUGCAUGGAAAAUAAUGUCUCUAUGGACUCUGAUUCAUGGACUGGAGAGGAUAAUGAACAGCCUAUUCCAACGUGUUCAUCUGCAACGAAAGAAGAAGGAGAAGAAGACGACGAAGAAGACAUAAAGCCUAAUAUUUAUUUAUUGGGUUCCAACGGAGUCCCUGAACGUGAUCCGCUCUAUAUUCCAAAUGAAGAAGCAUCUGCACAUGAUGCGUCUAAUCAGGAAGAGAAUUUUUUCAAAGAAGAACCUUCCGACACCCAAGGGCGGCAUCUCCGGCCUCACAAGACUAUUAACUAUGCCAAGAUGGUAAACCAUGAUCUCCAGAGAGUUCCCUCUUUCAAAUACAGCGAUGUGUUCAUAAAGAAUGUCCAUCCGAGCCAAAGAAAAAACCUAGCGAUGCAGCCGCCUCCUCAAAUAAAAAAGCGUAAAGUGGGCGGUCCGACCCAGAAAAUAAUAAAUGUUUUGAGCGAAAUCAAAGCACUUGAAGAAAAGAGGUACCAAGAGCAACAAGAAUUAACUAAUAAAAUCGCUAAGGCUGUCGAAACUCUGGCCACCGGUCUCCUCCAGACAAUCAGGAACCUUUCAGAAACUGCAAAGCGUAACGCUGAAACGAUCGAAGAACUAAGUGCAAAGUUAAAACGAACCGAAUAAACUGUAUAAAUCAAUGAUACUUUUGUAAUUUCUUAAUUAUUAGUUACAGUUAGUUAUAUUAUAUUACAUACUCAAAAUACAC